GUGUGCACAAAUUCACAACCCGCCCGCUAGCGAGCUUGGUGAUUUCAGAAUCCCGAGACUUGAAACCAGGCGGGAAGACAUUCUUCACGCUGAAAAGAAGAUGACAGCCCACGAAGAAUUAACUUCUGUUUACGUGGAACUCAGAAGUCUCCUUCAAAUCAUGAUCACAAGGCCAGAGAAUGGCAGGUGAACAGAAACCCUCAAGUAACCUUCUGGAGCAGUUUAUUUUACUAGCCAAAGGUACCAGUGGCUCAGCUCUCACUGCUCUCAUAAGCCAGGUGUUAGAGGCUCCCGGAGUGUAUGUCUUUGGAGAACUGCUGGAACUGGCCAACGUUCAGGAGCUUGCCGAAGGAGCUAAUGCUGCUUAUUUGCAGUUGCUGAACCUGUUUGCCUAUGGAACAUACCCAGAUUACAUAGCCAACAAGGAGAGCCUGCCGGAACUGAGCAUAGCUCAGCAGAACAAGCUGAAACAUCUUACCAUCGUGAGUUUGGCGUCAAGAAUGAAGUGUAUCCCUUACUCUGUGCUGCUGAAGGACCUGGAGAUGAGAAAUCUCCGGGAACUAGAAGACCUUAUCAUAGAGGCUGUCUACACUGAUAUCAUCCAGGGCAAGCUGGACCAGCGAAACCAGCUGCUUGAAGUGGAUUUUUGCAUUGGCCGUGACAUCCGGAAGAAGGAUAUCAAUAAUAUUGUCAAGACCUUGCAUGAAUGGUGUGAUGGUUGUGAAGCGGUUCUACUGGGCAUUGAGCAGCAAGUUCUGAGAGCCAACCAGUACAAAGAGAACCACCACCGGACUCAGCAGCAGGUGGAGGCAGAGGUUACCAACAUCAAGAAGACACUUAAAGCCACCGCGUCCUCCUCAGCUCAGGAAAUGGAGCAGCAGCUGGCCGAGCGGGAGUGUCCCCCUCAUACUGAGCAGAGGCAGCCCACCAAGAAGAUGUCCAAAGUGAAAGGUCUGGUCUCUAGCCGCCACUAGGGCUGGCUGGGGCAGCUGGCACUCACCAGGCCUGGGUCAGGUGGGGAGGGGACACCACGGGCCUAUUUCCUCUCCUCUCUACCUGCAGUGAGUUCCAGACCUGCCCAUCCCCUCACCAGCACCUCCUCACCCAUUGGUACCGGUCCAGAAAAACCAUUGCUCCUACCCCUAUCCACCUUUUCCUUCCCUAGUUGUUCCCUUCAGACUCAGGGGCUCCACGGAUGCCGUCCUAACAGGAUUGAACACUGCCCGGCUUCCCUCCAGGAGGUUUUUGUCUCUGCGUACGGGCUUGUCUCCCUCCCAGUUGUUCUUUUGCUCCGUGUCCUUUUGUCAGGCUGGUCAUAAGCCGGAGGCAGCUUUACCCGGCCCACAGGGAUGACUGCAGAGGAGGCCCCUCCCUCUCUGAGCAAGGAGGGGCCUUCCUUCUCCAGCCCCAUGUACCGCAGUACCCACAAUGGUGCAGACGUCUAGCCAGGUAUCCACAUGCUUUGUUCUCCUCUCCUGCCUUACCCUGUGUUGGCAGCUCCAGUUCAGGCAAUGGAGGGAUGUGAUGCUGGGCUAUGUUUACUAAACCUGCGGGUUUUUAGCCUCUUAAGCCCAGUUCAGAUCUCUCAUCAGUUGGGAGUGCUGGGCUGACUAACCUCUGGUAUCUGAGCACAAACGGAGGGUGCUGGGGUCUGCUGGGUGGCAGAAAUUGUUUCUCCCGGCUUGGUAUCCUCUGCUGGCCACUCUUCCUGCUGCCUCUGACUGCUCAGCCUCAUUUCGGCAUGUAGGCCCAGCUGCCCGCUGGGGCUGUCUGCCAACGUUUGCUCUCCCGAGAUCUUUCAUGCCUCCUGGCCGCCCCUGCAGUGGGGUGGUGGUGCCGAGGCCCCUCGUCUGGAGAAGGACAGUUGCUGCUUCUGUCUCUUCCUUCCCAUUCCUCCUUGGCUGGUGACCCAGAGCCCUCUGAUGACACCGCACUCCUGGCCAGAGAAAAGGACUUGACUAGACUUUCAGAAUUUGAACAGUUUCAGGUUAUAUUUUAACUUUUUUUUUUUUUGUACAGGUUGAUUCUAAUACAUUUCAUCGUGCUUUUUUCUCCCCUGUGUCAAUAUUUGUUAAAGAUUAAUCGCCGGGGAUUUUUCACUUGGUGGGAGGGUGGUGUGUGUAUGUGUGUGUGUUUUGUUUUUAUGAGGGGAGGUGGAGGUCCUGGGCUGAUAUUAAAGUUCAUUGAGGAAAAAGCACAUUUCAGAACAAAAAAUAAAAAGCAUAGAUUUUGCUGUAUGUGACUGUAGAGCGUGGGGUUGUAUAGAGGGUGGAUGUGGAGGGGCAGUGAUUAGGGUGUUUCAGAGAAAUGUGAUGUUAUUCAAUUCCAUGGUGGAAAACUGGGUUUCAGCUUUUUCUAAAAUGUCCAGCAACUGCCUACCCUUGAUGAAAUGUUCAAGUGUCCUUGUUUUCUUUUCACGCCGGUCCAUGUGCCCAUACCACAUUAUGUCCAACAGGAGAGUUAAGUUUAAUUCCCAAAGUGUAUUUCAUGAAUCCCCUGGUCAGAUGCUCUGUGGAAAAGGGGUUCUGUUAUUAAAUAAAUGUGGCACUCCCUGCAUCCCAUAUCCUCACUGGAAAUUCAUUACUAAGGGCUUAGAGAAGUCCUGGGAUGGGGGCGGGGAGCCUGUGCCCACAGCUGAUUUCAUCACCAAAUCUUUUGGAGUAUUGCUCUUUCUAGUGGGACACAUUUUACAUUUUGGGGGAAGUUUUGGGAAACAUAUUUCUCAAAAACCCUAAGAGAGACUAUCUCCCAACCUCAUAGGUGUUUAUAGCUAUUCUUUCUAGACCUAAAAGAGGAAUACUCUUGGAAAGCUACCUUUUGAACUUAUUUUUCCCUCUGGUAAGUAGGUUAUAAAAUGUAGCUUGGUUUGUAUACCAUGCAUGGUCAUUUGUUUUGAUGGUCCCCACGGCCCUAAGGAUCUGUAGGAACA